AUGGCAUCACCCGUGUCAGAUCUCUGCCCACGGGGAACUACCGUCCCGAUCUCGUUUACACGAGGUACGUGCAGUAGACCCAGCUUCACCACCAUCACAGAAGCCUUCUUCCACUAUGCCAACACACAGCCUUCGGCAUUGGCGGCACGAGAUCUAUCUGCCGAGCCGCCUGUCGAGAUAAGCUAUGGCGAACUUGCUCAACGUAGCAUCCGACUGGCGCAACGGCUGCGAAGCCUAGGCGUUAUGCCAGGGCACCGUGUGCCUCUUGUUGUCAAACGAGGCGUUGGCAUGUUGGUUGGCAUCCUCUCCAUCUUGUCGUGCGGAGCGCAGUACAUCCCUCUCGAUGGAGGCGUCGUGGCAGAAGAGACAUUGCGCUUUGUGGUUGAGCAGACUGGAAGGAGAGUAGUCUUGGCUUCACCAUCAACGACUCAACGUCUCUCAAAUAUGGAUAUUUCAUAUGUCGUUACUAUCGAUGAUGUACAAGAAGAGAACGAGCUAUCACAAGAGAAACUCGGAGACUUCACUCCUUUUACCAAUCCUGAUGAUGGCUGCUACGUGAUAUAUACUUCAGGCACAACUGGCACACCAAAAGGAGUAGACGUCACCCACCACAAUGUCACAAAUCUCGUAUGUCAAGCACCAGGCAACCUGGGCAUUGGCCCGGGAACUUGUGUUGGACAGUUAUUGAACGUCAGUUUCGAUAUGGCUGCUUGGGAAACACUCGGCUGCCUUUCCAACGGCGGUACUUUAAUCUUACGGGGUUCUUACUGGCCAAAAGCCUUGAAAGAACUCGAUGUCCUGAUUUGCACCCCUAGCAUCCUUUCAAAAUACAACCCCGAAGACUAUCCAAGGCUCAGAACAGUCGCAACAGCAGGCGAGCCAAGUUGGCAAAAAUUGGCCGACCUAUGGGCGUCUCACGUAUCAUAUUUCAACUGUUAUGGUCCCACCGAAACAACCAUCGUCAACACUACACACCUGCACCAAACCGGCCAGCCACUUUCCAUUGGCAAGCCUACGCCAGGAAACAACAUUUACAUAUUAGAUGAGUUCCUCGUACCUGUGCCGGUUGGCGAGGUCGGCAAUGUUUGGGCUGGUGGCGCCGGUGUGGCGCGUGGAUAUGUCAACUUGCCUACCAAGACGGCUGAGAACUUCAGGCCUGAUCCUUUUGCGGAAGACGGAUCAAAUAUGUACAACACCGGAGACCUCUGCCAAUGGAACCCUGAUGGCUCACUACACAUAAUGGGCCGCAUCGACGACCAAGUCAAAAUCAAAGGUUUCCGCGUCGAGCUCGACGGCGUAGUCGCAUGCAUCAAAUCCUGCCCCUCAGUCCAGUCAGCAACCGCUCUUCUCAUCGACGAAGAGAUCCACGCCUUCGCGACCCCCAGUCACUGCCCUGUUCCGGUCAUGGAAGCCCACCUCAAGACUCUCCAGCCAUACUACGCCAUGCCUUCCCAUUACCAUCAGCUUGAGAGUCUGCCCAUGACUGCAAACGGAAAGAUCGACAAGAACGCACUCAGAGUGGCUGUGUCUCUCGCUGGCAAGGAGAAGGCCCUUGUUCGCGCUCCUCAGCCUGCGCAUGUGCGCUACGACUCGACUGCUUCUAGUGCGACGCAGCUCAGUUCCUUCUCAGAUGCUUCUGAUACUACCCUUAUCAAUGAGCACCAGUACGAUCUUGAGAAAGCUCUCCCCGAGAAGGAUCUUCCCAAGCAUGCGCGUGGUCUGCGCCAUCGACUUCUCAUCGUCUACCGCCGUCUGUUCUCCCUUGUCGGCCUUUUCAACAUCGGUGCUGCUAUUGCUCUCCUACUCACUGGCAUUAGCAGAGAGUGGAUGGGUAUUGUCACAGCCAUCAACUUGGCCACUGCCGUCCUUAUUCGCCAAGAGUUCGUCAUCAACGCUCUGUACACCAUCACAUGCAGCGUGCCCAAGUCAUGGCCCCUUGCUAUCAGAUCGCGUUGUGCCAAGAUUUACCAUCUCGGCGGAAUCCAUUCCGGUGCAGCUGUCAGCGCAGGAGCAUGGCUUUUGGCGACCAAUAUUGCAGACAUUGCCUGUAUGUAUGGGAGCUGUGCCAACUGGGGCAACUUGUCCAUUGCUUCUCAAGUCAUCUCGUGGAUUCUCUCAGCCAUGUUUGUGGGCAUGAUCGGCCUUGCUUGGCCGUCUGUUCGCAAGCGUUACCACGACACUUUUGAGAAGACACAUCGCUUUGCUGGCUGGACUAUGCUCACCCUCUUCUGGGUCCAAGUCGUACUUUCAGCCAACGAUAAUGCACCUUCCGGCACCACUUUGGGAGAAUCCUGUGUCAAGUCACCCGCUUUCUGGCUUUUAGCUGUAGCCACAGCGAGUGUCGCCUCCUCCUGGUGCUUCCUCCGCAAGGUGCCUGUGGAAGCUGAGAAACUCUCAGAUCACGCUGUCAGGCUUCACUUCGACUACACAGUUCCUGUCAAUGGUUCUUUUACCCGUCUAUCACAUCAACCUCUCAAAGAGUGGCACUCCUUCGCCACCAUCCCCGCUCCUCAAGACGUCAAUGGUCGGUCCAAGGGCUAUUCCCUCGUCGUUUCUAACGCAGGAGACUGGACAAAGUCCACCAUCCAGAGUGGCCCUACCCAUAUCUGGACAAGAGGCGUACCAACAUGUGGCGUGAUGCGCAUCGCAACCUUGUUCAACCGCGUUGUCCUCAUUGCGACCGGGUCAGGCAUUGGCCCUGUGCUCGGCCACAUUCAAAACCCCAGCUGUCCAACUCAGCUCAUCUGGUCGACCAAAAACCCCGAAGAUACUUUCGGCAAGGAGAUUUGCCAGACCAUCAGCGAGCGCAUCCCCAACGCGGUCAUCCACGAUACUAAGAAGCUCGGGAGACCAGAUUUGGUGAAGAUGGGCUACAACUUGGUCAAAAGCUUCAAAGCUGAGGCUGUCAUCAUUAUUGCGAAUGAGAAGAUUACGAAGAAGAUAGUUUAUGGCCUGGAAACGCGUGGCAUACCAGCCUAUGGUGCGAUCUGGGAUAGCUAG